UGAGAAACAAACUUAUUUUUCCAGCUCAAUGAUCUUGCCGCGGCUUCGCGUUCAAUAUCGACAUUAGAGGAAAUGAUUGACAAAGACAUUGAGGCAGGCUGUGUAAAGAAAUAUGGUAGCCAUACAAGAAACCUUUUGAAGGUAAAGCAGGGUCUUGAAAUGAUCAAGGUUCUUUGCGAAGAGUUAUUGGCUACUGAAGGUGAUGACUCUCUAAAGGAUGCAGCGAUUAAGGCUUACAAUCAAGUGCUUUUCCCUCACCAUCAGUAUAAUAUUCAGAAAGCUUGUGCUACUGGGCUGAACUCUCUCCCCUCGAAGUCUUUGGUGCUACUCCUGCUCGGUGAAGCUGAGGAAACGAUUAAUGUACAUCUGCAAAGCUAUGUUACUGCAUCGACACCAGUAAUUGCAUAUCUCGACAAACUCUUCCUCUCCAAGAACCUUGGUAUCGAUUGGUGAAGACUCUGAAAACUCGCAUGGGCCCUGGUUAUUUUGCAAGUAUUAUCACUCUUAAAAGUUUCUCUCUUUUAUCAAUCUAUGCAUGUAAUGACAUUACGGCCUCCAAAAGCUGGAUCAUUUCAUGAACCGCUUUGGUUAUGUCCGAGAAAAACUCAAAUAAAUCAUCUUUAAAGCGUGA